ACAUGAUAGGCAAACGUCAUUACAACAACAAUGGUCUCCUUGCGAAAUGCUUCAAGCAGUCAGCAGUCAUGUGAUGAAUAGUAAAUAUUUACAAUAUAGAAUGCGCAUGCAGAAUAUAUGACAGCGUAGAUGAAUGAUGGAAUGACAGAAAUUUAUCAGUUACUGUUAUUUUGAAGCCUUAAGACAAUCUACCCAAUAUGACAUCAGGUCAUCAUUUUGUGGCAAGUCUUCAUCACACUAUUGCUAUUCACUCAUCAGAUGUCAAUUCCGUAGCUUUUUCGCGGGACAGGAAAUUAGCGACCGCGUCUGGAGAUAAAACAGUGAGAUUAUGGGAUACCGAGGACUUUACUGAACUCUCGGCUUCUCCGCUGGUCGGACACGCCUAUUACGUCCAUUGCUGCACAUUUUCACCGUUUGGAACACUUCUUGCAACAUGUUCGACGGACGGCAAGCUCAUCCUGUGGGACGUCAAGUCAGGGACCAAGGUGGCUACUUUUCAACAUCCCAGCAAGCAGAGCAUUAGAGUGUGUCGAUUUUCUCCAGAUUCAAAAUAUAUCGUGUCCGGAAGUGAUGAUGAAACCUUAGCAUUGUGGGAUGUCACAGGCAAAAUAUUAGUCAGGUCCUUUAACACUUGUCAUGACGCCUCAGUGGUGGCCUGUGCCUUCUCACCAGACAGCUCCUUCAUCAUAUCUGGAAGCAGCAACGGAGACUUAAGAGUGUGGGAUGCUAAGUUUGGUCAUGGGAAAGUCUUGACCUACACCUUGGAAGGUCAUGACCUUGGAGUCACCAGCUGUGACUUCUCCCCGCGCACGCAGGUGGCAGACGGUGGUACCAGCGGCAGUGUCACGUACUGGCUGGCCACUUCUGGACAUGACAACCUGGUCAAAAUUUGGGAGAUGAAAGCAGAUUUGACCUGCACUUUGGUCCUGACUCAGAGGAUUACUUUCAGUGGACAUGAAGGAACAGUCAACUUCUGCUGCUUUUCUCCUGAUGGAAGUUUGCUGGCAUCAGCGUCCAAUGACAAAACUGUGAGAAUUUGGGAUCCGUCCACUGGUCAGCAGCUGUGCGUGGUGGAAGGACACACACGUUACAUCACCAGCUGUGCCUUCACAAGUGACAACCGUCUGCUGGCCUCCGGAUCUAAUGACAAAAGGGUUAUGAUCUGGAAGAUUACUACACAGGAAGACUGCAUCGACAAUUACAAAGAACCACAAUGUGCCCCAAAGAAAGAAGAUGACCACAAGCAUAUGGAAUCCUGGUCUGCUGAGGAAGUGGGUAGCUGGCUUGAACUGAUUGAACUGGGUCAGUUCAAAGACUCAUUUGUCUCCAAUGCUAUAGAUGGGACAGAACUGUGCAGCCUGGAUGAUAAGAUGUUGAUAGAUCUGGGUGUUUUUGCCUUAGGCCACAGAAAUAAGAUUUUACGGUGCAUUAAAGCCGCCCAGAACAAACCCACCAUCACCAGGAGUACGUCCAAUGUAUCAGAAAAUGGAAUUCCUGAUGAAUAUUUGUGUCCUAUUACUAGAGAGCUGAUGAAAGACCCUGUGAUGGCUGAAGAUGGUUAUACUUAUGAACGAUCAGCUAUACAGGGAUGGAUGGAUAAGGGGAAGGAUACCAGUCCAAUGACCAGCAUACCACUUACAGCCCGACAACUUAUCCCCAACAGAAGCCUCAAAAUGUUGAUACAACACUACCUGGACAGCGGGAAAGGAUAGAAAAAGCACUGGACAAACAAAAUUGUUAAAUCUCCUUUUUAUGCCCCCAAAAUCUAAGAUUUGGGAGCAUAUAGUUUUUGACCUGUCCAUCUGUCUGUCUGUGACAAAAAACAUUAACCUUGUUCAUAUCUUUUAUACCAUAAGAGGUAAAGCUUUCAUAUUUGGUAUGUGUAUUUCUUUUGGCAAGACCUUUCCAUUGACACCACAAUUGUUGAUCUUGUGAUCUUAACCUUUGACCUGGUUCCACUUUGUUGUAUUCCGGGGGCAUCAGCGUUUCACAAACACAUCUUGUUGUUGAAUGUUUGAAUUGGUUUGGGGGGGAGUAUGUUUUCUUGUGUUAUGGUAUUUAGCCUUAGUGACUUCAUGUAUUUGCUUUCCACGAGACUGUUGUGAUAUUUCUGUUUGUUUAAUUAGAUGACUUUCAAACAAGUUAUAUUUCUUCUCUGUAUAUAGUUUAUUAGAUUAGACAUGAUUUUUAUCUGUACUAUGUAACUGCUACGUGUGUCUUUCACGUGAAUCUGUAGAUCUCUUAUUUUGAGGAAAGAUAGGGAGGCAUUUUAAAAACUGUCAGAGUGAAUAUUUUCUAUUUUAUUGCAGUUACAGGUUGUCGAAACUUGUGUCAACACUUCUUCUGUUAAUUAUAUUGUUAGUAUUGUUGUUGAUUUAUAUGUUGUUUACAGUUAGUUAUGAAAUCCACUGGAAUUUGUAUAUUUUGCAUGUUGAUUAUCUGGGGGGGAAAGCAUUCUGUUAAUAUCUAGUUCCAUUUUAAGCUCUUCGGUACUUGUGAAUCUAGAUUCUGAAUAUGUACUGUUAAGGAAGAGCACUUUGAGUUGGUUAUUUCUUCGGUGAUAGCUUCCUGGCACCUGGUAAAUGUUGAAUUACCAUGAUAUGUGGGGGUUAGGAGAGCAAAUACCAUAUCCAUUGUUGUAUGCUGUGUGGAUGAGGGAAGUGCACAGACAAUGUCUUAUCAAAAUUAGGUACAUUUGUAUUAUUAAAGUGGCAAAGUGCUAAUAUAUGUGUACGUUGUAUAAAUUUUAUAAACAUUAUUAUUAAGUUUCUCUUGUUUUCAGUUACUCUACAAAUAUAAUACAUAAUAUAGUAUUCAAAUUACACAUACAAGCAUUUUAAAACACUGAAACAGACAAUGUUUAAAUCUUUUGUAUAGUAUUCUCAUAAAGUACUGCAGCACCAAUGCUAUUUUUGUACAUGGGUCACUAAUCUGAUAUACACGAGACCUUUUGGUGAUCUGUAGAGCAGGUACAGAUAUACUGUACAUGUACAUUCAUAAUAUUACACAAGUACUUUUUCUGGCAGAAUUUGUCAUACAAUGUCAAUUCAUGAGUGAUAUACUCUGAAAGACUUAAUUUUAAUAAAAUACCUUCAAUAUCUUGAAA